CUCGGACGCGUCGGCCGAUGCAACAUAAAAUCCUCCCUUUCCCGACCUUCGCCAACUUCCACUCACAACUAAAAUCUCACUUAAAUCUCAUCAAUUGACCCUAGCCAUCAUCGACGACCGCCCAAAAUGCCAAAAGCAGCACGCCGCACCUCUGCUCCUCGCGCGGAGCCCUACCCUGCCAUCAAACCUGGAGACAAACUUCCCACCCCAAAGACCACCGCCCCGAAGUCAGCACCCAAGAAAGCGCUCAAGGAGAAGACUUCCCCUGAGGUGAACUCCGCGUCUGCACCAGUUGCCAGCAAGGAUUCCGCCACGAAACCAAAGAAGGCCACCAAAAAAGCUGCCACCGAAUCGACCAACAAGCCCUCGGGUUCCUUCCUCGACAUCAAGCUCGACGGCGAAGAUGACAAUACCAUUCCCAUCUACGAUACCUGCUCCACCAUUCGCCAGAAAAUAAACGCCCUGCUCGGCAAAGACAACCACAAGCCAGAGAACGGGAUGCCGGGCGAGUUUGACAAACAAGGAAACCCAAAACCAUACACAAAGGCCUCGUUCUGCAGAGCAUUGGAUACGAGACCGGACAUGCUGGCGAGAUUCUUGAAGGCGAAGCAAAUGAUGGGUGGUGCUGAGAGUAGUGUAUACCCGAAGGCGUAUGCGUUCUUCGAGAAGAAGAGGAUCUUUGAGGGCAAGAAGAAGACGCCGGGACGGGAGAAGGUUGAGGCUGAUCGGCCUAAUGGCCUUCCUCUCCGCGAUCCAAACCAUAUCCGAAUCUUGGUUGGGCCUGGGGAAAACCCAAGGGACUUCCUUGACGAGUACGGGCAGUAAUCUGUUCUGUUUGCGUUACUUUAUCGUCGUCCAAAAGGUCUGCCUCGCCGAGACCCGAAC